AUGUCGACAACACAAAUCCCUUGCGAUUCUCUAAAAGUGCUCGGCAGCGAUACCCAAGAAGAUGAAUACUCGGACAAAGAGUUAAUAGAAAAUAACUUUAAAGCCGACUGGAAAUUAUAUCUUGUGUUUGCUACGCUCUGUAUUCUCGCCUUAGCAGCUGCAUUAGAUGGAACUUGUCUUGGAACAGCUCUACCAAUGAUAACAACCUCUAUCCAUGGCACCACAGCACAAGCCAUCUGGGCCUCGAUAGCAUUCAACCUCACAUCAACAGUCUGCCAACUAAUAUUCGUAUCCUUCUCGUCAAUCUUUGGUCGCAAGCCUAUGAUGAUUCUAGCAGUCUUGUUCUUUGCGACGGGUGGCUUCACAGGUGCACUCGCGAAGAACAUCAAAGUGCUAACCGUCGGACGUGCAUUCCAAGGUGUGGGAAGCGGAGCCAUUAUCGUCCUCACCGAAGUCAUCGUCACGGAUCUGGUGCCGAUGAGAGUCAGAGGCAAAUGGUAUGGUGUCAUCAGUUUGGCUUGGGCGGUUGGAACAGCGGGUGGACCAUUGAUAGGCGGUUUGCUUGCGGAUAAUGAUAAAUGGAGGUGGAUUUUUCGGAUAAAUGUUCUCUUGUGUGCGGUCGCUGGUGUAAUGAUCCCGCUCUUACUGGACAUGCGCUUCAAAAAUCCCGUUUCGGUGCGGAAACAGCUGAAGGCGUUCGACUGGAUAGGGUUGGCGCUAUUCAUAUCGUCGUUUACAGCUCUGCUCCUAUCUAUCACAUUGGGAGGCGUAAUAUGGCCUUGGGCCAACUGGCGCAUCAUAACCCUCCUCUCUACUAGCUUACUCGGAACGAUCAUCUUCGUCGUCUACGAAUCCCUAACCUCGAGAGUUCCUUUCCUCUGCGUUGCUCUUUUUAAAAAUAUCACUGCUGCUGUCACAUUCCUGGGGACCUUUCUCCACGGCUUCAUUCUCUGGUCUCUCCUAUUUUACUUACCCCUCUACUACCAAGCAAUAAAAAGCGCCAAUCCGACCCAGUCUGGACUUGCGGUCCUUCCUGAGACUCUAAGUAUCGCACCUGUCUCUCUUAUCGUCGGCAUCUUAGUGUCAAGAACGGGCCGUUUCAAAUGGAGUAUCCUCUGCGGGUGGUUCUUCACCACCCUCGGUACUGGUCUGCUUCUUCUCUUGGAUAUUUCUACCACCACACCAGUUUGGAUCGGCAUCAACAUUAUAGUCGGCAUCGGAACUGGAAUGUUGUUCUCAGGAAUGGCUUUUUCGAUUCAAGCAGCUGCUACGGCAUUUGGGCAAGACUCGGCAUUUGCAAUAGCAAUGUUCACUUUCUUCCGCUCGCUUGGUGGUACAGUAGGGAUAGCCAUAAGCGGAGCUCUUUUCCAAGCUGAGAUGAGGAAAAAACUGCUCUCGUUCCCAACGCUGGCUGCUCAAGCACUGCAAUACACUAAUGAUGCAGUGGAACUAGCGGCUACAAUCAAGACACUACCACAAGGAGAGCAGCGACUAGGCCUUACUGAGGCAUAUGCAGAUGGCUUGAAAAGAAUAUGGUUGGGGAUAUGCAUUGCGGCUGCUGUUGGGACAUGUACAUGUAUUUUCGCGAAGGAAUAUUCGUUGGACGUAAAACAUAAUGCUGAACAAGUGUUAGGAGAUCGGGCGAAAGACAAGGAACGUAACUCAGACGAAGGUCAAGAGAAGUGA